AUGAAUCGUACAAUGAAAUUAUUUAAUUCUUCUAUGUUACCAACAAAUUUACUUUAUGAUUCAUCUGAUUUUAAUGAUAAUAGUAUUGAGAAUCAUUCCUCUUCAUCACGAUUUCUUGCAUUAAACGAUUCAUGGAUACUUCCAAUCUUCAUUGUUUGCUUAUUUGGUAUAUUAUGUACAAUAAUAAUAUCAUUUUUAUUAAUAUGUUUAUCACAUCGUCGUUUGAAUGGUCAUUUUUUAUUAACACAUUUAUUUAUAUGUUUUAGUGUAUGUUUUCUCUAUAUAAUAAUUAUCAUUUUUUUAAUACGUGCCAAUGAAAUCUUUUGUGGUUUAAGAGAAUUUUUAUCACAACUUGGAUAUGCUCUAUUAUAUUCCUCAUUAUUAUGUCGUUAUAUAAUGCAAUGGUUAGGUUCAAGAAUACUAUCCAAACGAACAAAACAGUUAACAGCUUUAUUAAUCUAUUUAUUACUUAUUUUUAUACAAAUACCUAUUGGAAUUUUAUGGUGGUAUUUUACUGUUCCACGUGUUUGUCAACAUCAAACACUGAACAUAUUAUCAUCAAAAUUGAAAGGUCCAAAAUUUCGAAUUGAUUUUCGGAAACCAAUCACACUGCCAUUGCCAUCAUCAUCAUCAUCGGUACAACCAUGUUCAAAUCGUUGCACAGUUGAUUAUCGUUUUUAUGCAACAUUUACCUAUACCAUGUUGGAAUUGAUAUUUUGUACAACCAUUGCUACGUGUUUAUUUUUUUAUCGUCAAUGCCAUAGAACAAACACUGAAAGAGAUAAAGAAAAAACUAUAUCAAUCAAUGGUAAUAAUUCAACAUUAACAUUUUUACAUAUGCUUGCAUAUUUUCUAAUUGAUCUUGUUUGGUUAUUAUGGUCAUUUAUUUAUUAUUUUAUGGAUGCAUUUUUUGUAUUUCCAUCACUUAUUAUUGGUAUGUUUUUAAUAGCAACAAUAUGUUUACUAUUUAUUCUUCUUCCACAAAUAUAUUACUAUUCAAAAUUACCAAUGAAUGAUAUAAAUUCAUAUAAAUCAUCAUUAAUUAUUCAGCCAACAGCCUUAUAUAGUAAUAAGUUAGCAGCAGUUGAUGAUAUCAACGAUCAUGAAUUACUUCUUGAAGAAAAUUCACCAAAUCAAAAACUUAAUCGUGAAAAACAAGAACAGAUUUUAUCAAGUGGAAGUGAAUUAUCCUAUGAAAUAGGUACAAGUGGAACAUUUUUGCCAAUAACACGAACACCAAAAGGACCAUUCAAAGUAAAAAUAACAGAUCAGAUAAGAUCAAUUGAAAAAAUUGAAAAUUUAACUUAUCAAGAACAUCCAAAUACACAAACUACAUCGAACAAUCAAUAUAUUUCACGAACAAAUGAUGAGAAAACUAAUCAAUCAAUGUCUGAUAUGAGAAAUCAGAAAGAACAACGAUUACAGGCAUCUCUUGCACCAUUACAACGAAAUCAAACAUCAAGUAGUAUUGCUUCAGAUUUUAUAGCACCUGUUGUAACUAGAAGUCUUCGCCACCGUACUGAUUCACAUGAAAGUCAAAAUUUUGAUAUUCAUUCACCAUCAUCAAUGUAUUAUACUGGAUAUCCUCCUCCGCGUCGCGAUGAAAGUAUCAUACCAAUUUUAUGUAAUACUGAACGUCCACGAACAUCAACACCUCUUCAAAUUCGUUUACUUACUAAAUCGUCAUCAUCAUCUGCACCAUUAGCACGUCGAAUCCAUGCUGGUUCUGACCUUCGACAUGUUCAACGGCCAUAUCAACGUUUUUAUCCUCCACCACCUCCUCCGCCCACAACGCCUCCAUACUAUUCACCACAACCACAACAAUAUCUUUUUGUAGAUCCUUAUCGAACAAUGCGUUCAGGUACAAGUAGUAGUUUAUGGCAAUCACUUUUAUUACAACCUGACUCAGCAUAUCAUCGUUAUCCAUAUUCAUCUCGGCGACACUUUAUGGGUCAUCGUUCAUUAUCUCAACGUUUGUGGGAUAUUGAUAGUGGUGACGAUGAAAACGAAGUCGAAGAAGAUAUUGUGAAAGUUGCUGGUCGUGUAACACCAAAUCAACAGCGACCCUAUGAUUUUCGUUUCAAUUCUUAUGAAAAUGAAAAUAAUCUUCUAUUACAUAUUGAUGAUAAUGAUGAUGAACGAGAAAAUUGA